AGGAUCCAAAGUUUGGACCAAACUAUGAAUGAUUUGAGCAUGGAUGUUUGGUACACUGUUUCACGCGUUUAAGAAAAAGUAAGAAAUAGUCCAAGAAACAGUCUGACCUCACUUUUUGAAGGGUCGCUUGCUGUGCGUCCAGCCAGCUGCAGCGGGACCGCCCCGUUCAUAUUGACUUGCUCUGCCCCUCUUGCUCUGUGCAGCAGCGGUGCAGCCCCUCCUGAGGGAGGAGAACUCUGAUUAAACGCCAGUUUUAUUGCGUUGUCAUGUUUCACAAGGACUUCAGAAGCUCAGAGACCGUCUGACAACAUCAUUCCAUGGAUGCACCCAAAGCCUGAGUGCGGAGAGUUCAGCUUUUUUUUUUCAUCCUCUCAACUUUUUUCUCCCCUUGGUGACCGCACAAGACAGUUCCCUUUUGAUUUUAGAUAAUCAGAUUUUCAUGGGUGAACUUCUUCGUAUGUGCUUUUUGUAGUGUUUCUUGGUGCAAAGUCUUUUCGGUCUGACAAGAUGCAGUUCCGCACUGUCCUCGACGUGAAUGUUGUGGACGUGCAGAAGAGAAGGAAUCCCUCCAAACACUAUGUGUACCUUAUCAAUGUCACUUACUCAGACUCCACCUCCCAUGUCAUCUAUAGGAGAUACAGCAAAUUCUUUGACCUGCAGAUGCGAAUCCUUGACAAAUUCCCGAUUGAAGGAGGGCAGAAGGACCCGAAAAAGAGAAUUAUUCCCUUUUUGCCAGGUAAAGUCUUGUUUCGUCGAAGUCACAUAAGAGAUGUAGCAGUCAAGAGGCUGAAGCACCUGGAUAAUUACUGCAAAGCUCUGAUGAAGCUUCCGUCACACAUUUCCCAAAGUGAGGAGGUCCUUAAGUUCUUUGAGACUAAGUCAGAGGACCUCAACCCUCCCACCGAAGAGUGUGGAGGCUCUGGAAAACGUAAAUCAGGUCUGGAUGGUUCGGACCCCAUGCUCCUGGAACAAUAUGUGGUGGUUGCCAAUUACGAGAAACAAGAGCCUGCAGAAAUCAGUCUUCAGGCAGGCGAGGUGGUCGACGUCAUUGAGAAGAGUGAGAGUGGUUGGUGGUUUGUCAGCACCGCAGAGGAACAGGGUUGGGUCCCCGCUACCUAUCUCAACUCACACAGCGGCACACGGGACGACUUGGAGCUUGGCGCCUCGAAAGCCGGGGAGGUUACUAAGCGACAAAAGGCUCAUCUGAAGAGGCUGGACCGGAGAUGGACGUUGGGGGGUGUCAUCAGCAGGCAGCAGAGCCGAGAAGAGAAGUACGUAACAGUGCAGCCUUACACGAGCCAGGGCAAGGAUGAGAUUGCUUUUGAGAAAGGAGUCAUUGUGGAGGUGAUUCAGAAGAACCUGGAAGGCUGGUGGUUCAUCAGGUACCAGGACAAGGAGGGCUGGGCUCCGGCCUCUUACCUCAAGAAAGUGAAGGAUGACUUCUCUCCCCGUAAGAAGAAUGUGACUGGCCCCGUGGAGAUCAUCGGAAACAUCAUGGAGAUCAGCAACCUGCUUAACAAGAAAGCUCUGAGUGAGAAAGAUGUGCAGACUGAAGGCGUCCCAGAGAGUCCCCAGGUCGCCAGGAAGGAGAUCAGCUUGCCGAUGCCCUGCUCCGACUCCAGUCCUGUUAAUGCUCCGCACGAUGGAAAAAGCAAAGCAGAGCCUCCUUCACCAGCUAUAGCCCGUAUUGCCCCACAUCGGGUGGAAAUUGGUUCUCCCGUUCUCAGGCAAAAACCUCCUCCACGGAGAGAUGCAACCUUGGGAUUUCAGUUGCCCUCCCCACCAGAGCCCCCUACAGUUGAAGCAGAGUACUACACCAUUGCAGAUUUCCAGUCCUGUAUAUCUGAUGGUAUUAGUUUCAAUGGAGGACAGAAAGCAGAGGUAAUUGAGAAGAACUCUGGUGGUUGGUGGUAUGUACAGAUCGGAGAGAAGGAAGGCUGGGCUCCCUGCUCCUACAUUGACAAACGUAAAAAGCCCAACCUGAAUCGCAGAACGAGCACUCUGUGCCGCCCAAAGGUUCCACCUCCAGCUCCGCCCGUUAAAAAACAAGACUCAGUGGAAACUGCACCUCCCAGCAGCCCCGGGUCUGAGGCUCCAGAGUCGCCUGUGUCUCCUGGAAGACCCGUGUAUGAAGAGCCAGAAUACGAUGUCCCUGCCAUUGGCGAUCUGGACAUGGAGUCUGAGUUUGAGUUUCUGAGGGGAGAAGGUUCCCUGGUGGAUGCAAAGAAUGAAGACACUUCCUCUGAGAGGGGAUCUCAUCUCUCCUCCAAACCUUCUCCAGCUUCAUCGCUCCACAGUGCCUCCUUCAAAAUGGGUGAGUCGUUUGAAGAUGGUCAUGAGGCAGAGGGGGAGGCAGAGGGAGAAGAAGAAUGUAUCUAUGAAAAUGAUGGCUUCCGGCCCUUCAGGGAGACCCCAGAGAGGCAGUGCAGCAGGGACUCAAACUCCUCCAAGACAAGUGUCUUUUCAGAGACUGGCAAGACUGCAAACCCAACAUCAGGUGGAUGGAGACUUGCAGGUAACAAGCUCAAGAUCGACUUGAAUGGGAGCCCUUUUUCAAACAAAGCAGAGGAGGCAUCCAGUCCCAAAUCUGCCUCCACUGAGUCCACCCCAGAUCUGUCCAGACCAAAGAAAGACCAAGAAGAAAUCAAGGCAUCCUCCACCACCAAGUCUUCUUCUAAGCUAAGGCCUGUGGUGAGGCCCAAACCACAGCUAGCCAAGGCGUCCAGUGCAGACAAGAUGGACAUCAGCACCUUAAGAAGACAGCUGCGGCCAACAGGGCAGCUUAAGAACGGCACCAAAACUAAAGGUGAAGAUUCAGAGACAGCUUCAGUCAUUUCCUCUGAGGACUCCUUUUCUUCUCAGAGCACGUCUGAUCUCUCCUCCAUCUAUUCUAAAGGCAGCCGGGGCGACUCUGACCUGGAAGGCUGCACCCUGUAUCGUACCACAGAUCCUUAUGAGAAGGUCCAAGAGUCUGAGCUCAGCUUCCCUGCUGGAGUGGAGGUGGAGGUGCUGGAGAAGCAGGAAAGUGGUUGGUGGUAUAUCCGUUGGGGAGAUGCAGAGGGUUGGGCUCCAACUUAUUACCUGGAGCCCGUCAGGCAACAAGAUGACAUAGCGGGGUCCGAAUCUGACGGCACCCCGACCAAACCUGGAAGCCUGAGCAAGUCCAACAGCCUGGAGAAGAACGAACAAAGGGUGAGGGCGUUGAACAACAUCAAUCAAAACCUAAAGAAGAUCACCCCGCCGAUCCCCUCCAAACCCCGUGGCUUCUCCAAACCCACCAGUUUGUUUGGCUCUCUUAAGCAGAAUAGCACCAAACAGCAGCAGGUUGUCAGACCUCAGUCUGUCUUCAUCUCAGCCCCGAUCAGAGACGGUCCCAGCCCUGUUGGCUCUCUCAGGAGAAAUGAGUCCCUCAAUUCAACAGACCACCCACGCGCCAGCCCCACAGUGCGACGCAAUGCCUCUUUUGGCACUGUGCCACGUAGCCUGGCACCCAACAACAUAGCACUGCCCACCAGGAACAGAUCCGGUACCGGUAGCUCUGAAUCCCUCGGCCUCAGCUCUCAGAAGAAUGCCCUCCCUGUAUCCACGGUGAAACCCAAGCCCCACAUCAUCCAUAACAACCUCAGAGAGGUGUAUGUCUCCAUAGCAGAUUACCAUGGUGACGAGGAAACCAUGGGGUUUCCUGAGGGGACGAGUCUGGAGGUUCUUGAAAGAAACCCCAACGGCUGGUGGUACUGCAAGGUUCUGGACAAUGGCAGGCCGAGGAAAGGAUGGGUUCCCUCAAAUUACCUCGAGAAAAAGCACUAGCACUCAUGCGUGGAGCUGGCAGAACUCUGGACAUGCGUGUAAAGACUACUCUAACAGAUGCAUUUAUUUUGUGAAGAAGGCUAACCCUAAGAAGUUAAGUCAGGAUUUAAAUCUGACCCGGUACCUUUGCCAAAACAAGCAGCCAGAUCAAAUUUUAACUUUGAAAUGAAAUGAGACAUCUGGUAAAAUGAGUCUACAUGAUACAGUGCCUGAGACUUUGCAUUAGGAGCAAUAUAGUGGGACUUAAUGACACAGCCAAAGAGAACACCAGAGAGCGGAGGAGUGAAUUAAUGAUAUUCUCCAGUGGUUAACUUUAACUUGAAAUAAGAUGUCAUUUUGUGUCUCCUCCUUGAACCCUUUUUCUGUAAGUUUAUAAUGUAAUUUUUAAACACUUUUUAAGAAUUUAAAAGCUUACUGCAUGUUCAAAAUGAUUCAUUAUACUGACGAUGCCUUGAGCUGUUGAAAUUAAACCUUUUUUUGAUGUCCUUUCCUUAAAGAAAUUCUCAGUUGUUGCCAAAGCUGCUUUGUGUUAGUCUCAUCUUGGUGCUGCAUGUUUUUUUUAUAUCUCUUUAUACUGUAUGUCAUCUUUGUGUGAAAUAUUUUAUCCAUUUAACUGUAUAAUAUUGCCCGAAUGAAACAAUUUGUGAGCAUCUCUGAUUAUCACAAUAUCGUCUUACCCUUGAAGUUAAAAACAUUCACUGAUGAGCUCUUCUUUUUCAUUUCAGAGACAAAUUGUCCCGACUUAAAACUUCCCCAACAUCAGUGAAAACAGUAUUUAUUCAUUUCUUUAAAAGCAUAUUAAUACUUAUUUUAUUAUUAUUGAUAUUCUUACUGAAAAGAAAAUCAGAUCUGCUUAAACAUCUCUAAACUUAACUGCUCUAUUAAUCAUAAUAACAUUUUUGAAUUUCUGCUGGGCAGUAAAUUUGACCUAACUUUCUUUCGGAGGGGAAGGGAAGGAUGCUCACUUUUGUUUUAUGUUAACGAUUUGACCAGUGAUGAUGAUAACUGAAGUGCCAAAAGAAUUGCUUUAAUAAAUGCACUUUUGAAAUAUCA